AUGGAGUGGGAGAAUGAACUUGAGGGAUCUAUGGUGCAGGACGACGACGGGCCAAGCAGACCGUUAAAGCCCCUUCAACCUUGCACCGCUACGCUCCAUCACCGUCCAACUCACCGGUGCCAGCUGCGCCGUGUGAAUGCUGUUCUACUACCGGGGAGUUUAUUGGUGAGAGACGGUGAUGUCAGUAGCACAUCGGAACACGGACAAUGUGGCGAGUUGGGAGGACAUUUUAACAAUCUUAGGAUGGGAACCCCUUUAUUGAAAUCAUCUAUGGAUGACAGAACUGCGUUUAGAACUAAUCGAACUCUGCUGUGGAUUAUAUUGGUGUUCGUAUGGUCGGUGACGUGGCCACUUGCUGCACAUGGUUUGACAAUUGAUGUGGACGAGUUUGUCCUUGCACCAGCAGGGGGACAGGCGACUAUUUCAUGUAACUACACAGGCGACAAAACCAGCAGCACAGACAAAAACGGGCUGCCUUCGCCACCACUGGACGUGCGGUGGGUGCGAAAUGGUUCGUCGGAAAUCCUUAUAACAAAAACGGCGAACACGAUCAAGGGGAAGUGGUUUGAUGAGGGACGUGCAACAGUCGUCGGACAGGCGUCAUUACGGAUCUUCGCAGUCUCUUUUCGAGACGCUGGGAAGUAUACAUGUAAAUUGUAUGAAACCCCCCAUAUUUUAAACCUACCCCCGGAGCUUGUGGUCGCCGCCAACACAGCAAUCGAACUGACCUGCACAGGAGCGGAAGAGCUGUCCUGGGAAUGGCCCACUCACCCCCGGCAGAGCUUCGCAAUCUCCAGCCUGCGCGAUGCCUUCUCUUCCCAACGGAGGACCAUUCUGAGAAUCGAGGGGGUGUCGACGGAAGACACUGGAGAGUAUCGAUGUAUUCACAGCCAUCCAGCCUCAACAGACAAGUGGAACUCAUCCCCGGUGUAUGUCUUUGUGACCAGCGCUGGGGAACCAUUAUUCUUAAGACAAGCCCAAACAAAACUUAAACAUUUCCGGGGGGACGAACCUUUCAUCAUUCCCUGCCGUGUCAGCUCGCCCGAUGCGACAGUGAGCCUCGUCACCAUUGAUGCUUUGACCUCGGCCCUGGUUGCGACCUAUGACCCCAGGAUUGGGUUCACUGUGGAUGCAGAGCAAAUGGACUUCAGCGGCAAUAUCUCGUGCAAGGCUGUGCUCGGUGACAGGACAGAGGUCCAAAGCUACGUGGCAAACUUUGUUGUGAGGCCCCAGAUUGCCAUGGACGCCCAAGAAAUUGUCAUCGACACUGACAGUAGACUUGAGCUAGUCUGCACAGGUAUCCAACCCAUGUACUGGUUCACUCCGGACGGUGUGGCGAGCAGAAUGCAAACAGUGGAGACACUGAGCCAGUCUCCUAAUUCGGACCCCAUGUACCGGAAUGUUCUGAGUCUCGAUGACACACUCUGGCUGGACACUGGGGAGUAUGGUUGCAAGUUUACACGCUACGCCAUUUAUGAUGACCCUCAGUUAAUAGCAACUGUAUAUGUCUUUGUUCGAUCUACGGAUCCCAAACAGCUCAUUCUUCCAGCCGCCAAUGAUGUAAGUCUCAAGAACGACAGUCGAUCGUUCAUAGUUCCCUGUCGAGUCAGUGAUCCCAGUGUAACCGACUCCAUAGAACUCAGCAUUGUCUACACAAUCUCGGUGGAUCCUGUUCCCGAUUUGACCUGGACGGAGGUGUACGACCCCAAGGUCGGCUUCAAUGUCAGUGUCGACCUCAGCAACCAGACGAGGAAACUGUCGGCCUUGUGUAAGGUUUUCAGGCAGUUCACAAACUUUCGGCUGCUUCAGGCAGGGACACAGGGAGAGAACCUAUUCGAGACAGAUAUGGUCCUAUCACCGCGGCAACUGGUCCAAGGCACAGGACCACUCAACAUAAUGUGCAGUGUGGAAAUCCCCCUUUUGGCAUACAGGGGAUGGAACUACAAUGCUUUCCCAUCUUUUAAAUUCUUCUUCCCCAAUCAACAGAAUGAGGAGCCGGGAAACGUAGAGGUCAAACCUGGAGAUCUCGUGGUCAUUGGCGUCCUACUAAGAUUUUUCAGCAACCUGACCCUGCACAAAGUCUCGCUGAAAAACAACGGGUUGUUCUACUGCAACAUUUAUAAUGAGGAGACCAAUGUGACCAUAAGUGACAGCGUCAGUGUAAUAGGGAGCGGCUAUACGACUCUUUCCCACUACCCUGCCGACCAAGACACCUUCGAAGUGCUGGAAGGGGAAACUGAAGUCUGCGUUGCGUUCUUGGUGGAAGCAUUUCCGAGUGCAUCGAUCCUGUGGAGCAAAGAUGGUGUCAACAUGACAAACGAGACCUACCCUCUGUUUUCAGUAAUGAGAGAACCGCUCAGAGAGCACGUGGAGAUCGUUUCUGCAUGCCUCCAGAAUUUAUCGGUGGCUGACGGAGGGUCCUACACCAUCACGGCCACCAACGGGUACGAAAGGAAGAACCUUAGCGCUCAAGUUGUUAUUCUGGAACCUCCAGAGGUGAACUUAACGGUCAGCCCAGCGCCAACUUUCCAUGAUCCGCCGCUUUUCUACACCCAUCAGGACAACCACGUAACUUGCCACGUCUGGGGCAAUCCCUUGCCUGAUGUUGCCUGGUACUGGCAGGCCUGCCCGGACGAGUUCUGCACCGAGGUUGGCGACUCGUUACUGGACGAAAACGGCUGGGUGCCGAUCGCAAGGCUGGGAUGGGAGAGUAGUGUGACGGAGAAUUUGAUGACUCCCGCUCGUAAGAUUGAAUCGGUUUUGACGGUCCGGGAUUUGGGGCAGGCAGGGAUUCUCAGAUGCCUGGCGAUGUCUCCGUCCAGUAAGAUCCAGGAGUUGGGGUUUGAAGUCCUUGUGUACAGGCCUACAGAUUUGAGGACGAUUCUUCCGGCCGCACAGCAAGUAAGAACGGUCUACAUCCACGACCAGACUACUCUGACCUGCAAAGCUAACAAAUUUGCCUUCUCGGAUGACUUGGUCUGGGAAUGGGCCCCCACUGACAACACUUCGGCGUCUGUCAAAAUUGCGGGUGACGCUUUCAGGAUUGGGGCAACCGAGACGACCGGGUACCAUUAUCAAUCUGGGCUGUCAAUAGAGGGCGCUCUGAGGAACAACUCUGGAGUGUACCGGUGUCGUGCGCGACAACGCAGCAAUGGGGAACGUCAAGUUGUGUAUGAUGUCCAGCUUAAUGUGAAAGAUAUUAUACCGCCAAUAAUCACAGUGGGUUUAAAGCCACGUUAUGACCUGGACAGAAGCAAGGGACUCCCCAUCACGUUCAAGUUGGAGUGCCAUGCAUCGGGGGAUCCUAUCCCUACUCUCGCCUGGUACAAAGAGGCCAAACCGAUCACCACCAUGAACGCCACCGUCAGCGACAUUCAGACGUUCUCGAGGGAGAACUACACCGUGGUGUCACAUCUGUUCUUGGUGCAGGAGAUUACAGAGGCCCACGGAGGGAAUUAUCUUUGCCUGGUGUCAAACUCGGGCGGCGGAGUCGGCAGCGAGGGCAGGGUUCACAUUGGAGAGGGUCCAACCGCAUUUAUUGAAGAAGAUGUGGUCACAAGAAAAGUGGGGGAAAAUCUGACCGUAAUUUGCCAAACAACGGGGGAGCCGGCCCCCACCAUCACCUGGAUGAAAGAGCAGCAGGACACCGGGGAAAAGAAGGCAAUUCCAUUGGAAUUGUACGAUAACCCACAGAGGGCGCUCUCCUUCAAGGAACUGAAGCAGGUCGACCGAGGCAACUAUUUCUGCGUUGCUAGGAACAUUUUCGAUGAGGUAGAGGCUGAGGUGACAGUCAUCAUAUUAUAUGGAGACGUCUUGCUGGUGCCUCUCUUAGUGGGUGGGAUCAGCGUCGGAACCAUCAUCUUAAUCCUAAUCCUCUGCCUGUUAGCCACAUUCAAACGGAUGCGCCUUUUGGCUCGUAAAGCCAAGCGGAAUUCUCAACAGGACGUGGAGAUGUUCCCUGUGAAUCCCCGGUCGCCUCGGGUCCCCAUGUCCCCAUUCCGCAUGUCCUUCAGGGAAGAGUUUGCCGACCAUUUGCCCUUUGACCCCAAGUGGGAGUUUCCCCGCGAUCGUCUCAAAUUAGGUUCUAUGAUUGGUCAAGGGGCGUUUGGUGUGGUUUUGAAAGGCGUGGCAGCAGGAAUUAAUCACAAUGAACGUUAUGUCCCUGUGGCUGUUAAAACAGUAAAAUCUGACUCAAGUUAUGUUGAUCGUAAAGCCCUGCUUGGAGAAUUGAAGAUGCUUAUUCAAGUUGGACAUCACUUAAACGUUGUCAACUUUCUGGGAGCAUGCACACAAGAAACCUCUCCUCUGGUCAUUGUCGAGUUCUGUCCGUACGGUAACCUCUGCGAUUACCUCCGCUCCAAGCGCGACAACUUCCAGAAAACUCCGCAGAAGAGUGAGCAAGAAGAGAACGAGAUGAACGAGUUGAACUAUGCAGACCUGGUCCUGAAGGAGGCGUGCGUCAGCGAGCCGGCUGCAGUGGAGUAUGAGUUGGUCGACAAGGAGGCUAAGAGGGUCGCUGAGAAGGCACUGAUGGUGGAGGACCUCGUCUGCUACUGCUUCCAAGUGGCUAGAGGGAUGGAGUUCUUGGCAUCGAGGAAGUGUAUACAUCGAGACUUAGCAGCACGUAAUGUUCUACUCGCUGAAAACAAUGUCGUGAAGAUCUGUGAUUUUGGUCUAUCCCGCAGUAUAUAUCAUGACGCAGACUACAUCGGCAGUGGCAAAGGGCUCCUUCCGAUCAAAUGGAUGGCACCGGAAGCCAUCUUUGAUAAAGUCUUCACAACGUACAGCGACAUUUGGUCUUUUGGUGUGUUCACAUGGGAAGUGUUUUCCAUGGGUGGUUCCCCAUACCCCGGUGUCCAAGUCGACGAGAAAUUCUACGAUAAGAUGAAAGCUGGAUACAGAAUGACACGCCCGGAUAAUGCCCCGAAGGAUGUAUAUGAGUUGAUGCUUGAGUGCUGGAGAGAUGAACCCAAAGAAAGGCCCAUGUUCUCCGAGCUCGCUGAACAAUUUGGGAAUCAGCUAGAAUCAAAUACCAGACAGGAGUACAUUGACUUGAAUAUACCGUAUACAGAUGGCAUGUACUGUGAGCUGGACUUUGCUAAAUCAGCCGCUAAGCAGAAACCAGAUACGCUUACCGAGGAGCCGGAUACCGGGCAACCGAAGUCGGACGACCCGACCGACAUGACAGAGGAGGGCGAUGUCAGGUACCAGAUGAGCCCAACACUAAAGGACGACACAAAGUGCAACAGCCCAACACCAACAUCACCUUGCCAAGAACCCAAACAGGAUCAGCGUGCCAAGUCGGACUUAUUUCAGGAGGAAUUUCCGACAGGCGGAUACGCCGAGUUCCGACCCGGCGGAAAUAAUUCGCAACAGGGUCCCCCCGUAGCGGACAGAGUGCAAUUGCCUAAAUUCUUGCCAGAGGAUCCCUACAACAAUGGUACGGAACCACCCCACAUUUAUUCAUCCGUGAAACGGCCGCAGCCAGUCAAACAAAGUUAUGAAAACACUGAAAACAAUGAAACAAACUCCAGUGAGAAUCCAAACACUCCAGAGGAGUGUAGGCCUCACACCUACGCAUCAAUCAAAGGGACUCGCCAAACACCGAAUGACCCCAACAAAGGGGAAAGAAAUCACCUUUACUCGUCCAUCAAAGGGUCACGACCUGGAUUGACCCCCAAUACGACCACAGAGGUCAAGAAUGACACUCCCCAGGACCCUACAGAGGGUUCGUCGCUUUUACGGAAGCCGCGACUCCCGGCAAGAAAUCUUCAGUCGUCGACGUCACUGGAUGGGUUUGCGGAAAACGAUUUCAGGUCGACAAAGCCGCUACUAUCGAAGCGAGAUCUAUCGACCACGUCAUGGUCCCCGGAGACCGAAACACUUUUGACGAGGGGCGAGUCUCCGGAGCCGAAUGCACCAGUCCUGCCAGUGUACGUCUGAUGAGUCACGUGAAACAUUCCCCCGAUAUAAAUAACAAGAGUGCGAAAAUUGGAUCUGCAAGAUUUUUAUUCGUUGGUAGAGUUCUGUUGAUCAGGGCUGUAAGGAUUGCACAUGACGUCAUUGACCACCAUCUUUGAUUGAAAGGCUAUCAUUGGCUAAGAGUUGUGCGCAGCGCGUACACACGUGUACUUUUCCAUUGUUUAUCACCAAAUAUUGCUGUCGAUUAUGCAAUGUACAAUCCAUCUAUUGUUGUCAGGGAUUUUGUUACUUUUUUUUAAGAAGAGAAAGAUACACGUGAAAGAGUGAACUACAGCUGCAGGUACUCACAUGUUUUGACUACGUGCAAAGCCGGCCUCAGGUCGACCUUGCGUCAACAAAAAACAGUCGGCGACUUACAUUUCAGGAUCACACUACGCCUGAGCUAAGACCAUCGGGAACGUUUCAGUUGGCAAUUAUUUACGAUCUGAGCGUAACUGCAACGAUUUAAAGACAAUCUGAAACAGUUGCCGCUCGAAAAAAUGAACGUUGGCAAGAGUAGAACAAUUUUAACUUGUACUACAUGAUCCCGACGGUCAGGAACCAAUUGCAGGCGCACGAUUUCUCAGUUAUUGUGACCUGAGCAUACUUAGUCUGCUUGUUGCCGACGGUUUUGCGAGCGCAAGGAAAUCGUAGGUCGACCUGAGGCCGGCUUAACGAAGCAUGUUUUCAGAGUCAAACCAAGAGAGUUGUCUCCAACAAGAAGUUGUCUCCAAUGGUUUUAGUUGACUGCUUUUAUUUUAAACUUGACUAAAGCCUCCUAGCAGGUAAAAAAUCUUACUGUUUUAUUUUUUAUAUGUAUACAAAGUUUUUAUGCCUCUGAAGAAGGUCCGGAUUGGAUCGAAAGCUAAGGCCAUCUACCCUAUUCAUUAUAUACAAAGAUAGUAUUUUAUAAGUUUUAUUUAUUUCUGUUGAUGCUGACGAACAGAUAAAAACCAUCGCCUGAAAUUUGGGUUUUUAACUUAAAUUUUGUACAAGAAGAACACAAAUUUUAAUAAGUAAGGGUGUAUCCCAGAUUAAGAAACAAAAACAAAAACUGACAACUUGUUAGAGAGUUGUUGCGUGUAAUUCAAUAUUUUCUAUGAAAAUUAUGGAAGCUUUUCCAUCUAGUAUAUCUUGUGAUUUGGUGUUGUUUAGUUCUAGAACUUUUACAUCUUGCGUAAAAAUUGUUCAAUUGCUUGCAGCUCGCAGGCUUCAAAUUAUAUUUCGUAACGAGAUUUAUUCGAGUGUCAGGCUUUUAAAACAAAUUAGUUUCAUUCAAAGAUUAUAGAGUACUGAAGGCAGAAAGUCGGGAACUGCAGAGCCGUAUGUUAAGAGAGUUUUGACUACUUGAAAUUAUAAUCCAUUUGGUGUGAAAAAACCCACAUUGGAUUACAUUACACAAAUUUGUGAAACUAGGCUGGGUUUUUUUUCUGUAAUAAUUUUUUUGCAACUUCAAUGACCAAUUGAG